AUGUCUAGUAGGAACGUGCUUUACAAAUGGUCGAUUGAUGACAAACCUGUGAAGGUAGAUAAAUGGGAUGGUACGGCCUUAAAAAAUUCAUUGGAUGAUUCUGCCAAAAAGGUCCUUGUGGAUAAAAUGGGUUUUAUAGAAAGUCAUCAUUUGAUGGAUGGACGUCUCAUCAUUUGCACAAUUGCUGUAGCUUUUGCCAUGUUUGCCCUCGUCUGGGACUACCUGAAACCAUUUCCUCUAUCCAGACCAAUUCUUAUCAUUUGUGUUCUUGCCUACUUCAUUUUAAUGGCUAUUCUUACUGUUUAUACAUCUUAUAGAGAAAAAGGAAUAUUCUUGGUGGCACUUGAUAAAGAUGCUGCUGGUGUAGAUCCAGAUAAUGUUUGGACAGUUUCUUCUUAUCUUAAAAAAUAUGAUGACAUUUACCAUCUGAUCAUUGACUACAAAGAUGGAAAGAAGAGAGGUUUACGAACAGCAAAUUUCAAACAUUCAGUGGCCAAGUUUUUUGAUGACAAUGGUGUCCUUUCUUAUGAGAUUUAUGAAAAUGAACUGAAACUUCUCAUCAAUUCUUUGAUGUCUGAAAAGAAAGACAAGUGA